AUGUCUACUACACAUAGCUUCGACACGUGCAACGACAAACGCGACACUGACACUCAAUCGUACAAUCUCAGGCGAGACUCUACACGAGUGAGCAUUCAACGACAGUCCCGCUUGCUACUAACACAUCCACAACCCUGCCAAACCAAGCCGAGUCUAUCCUCAAAGAGCAAAGACGCCCAAGCGACAUCAACAACCCCAAGCAGCUCAAAAUAUUUGGCGAAGAACCCGGAGUGGAUUGACUGUCCCUUCUGCCAUGAGCGCGCUUUGUCCAGGGUCGAGACGAAGAAUAACGUGGGCGCUGCAGUUGCGUCCACGGCAAUGAGUGCCGUCUCCGUACUAGUUGGUGCUGGACCUCAGUGGGGUGGCGUGCGUAAUUUUACGCAUUGUUGCUCGAGGUGUGAUCGCAAAGUGGCUGUCAAGUACCAUACCAAGGGCAAUGCAGAUGUUUUUAGUCCGGAAUGUUGA